GCAGUCAUCAUAUGAUGAACCAGCUUGCAGCAGACUCAAGCGUUAACAUUCGGCAGUUCAUGCAAGGUCUGAGAGUUUAGUUGGGCUCCCGGUGAUUGUGGAGGCGGAUAUAAAUCUGUUGCUGCUGCACAAACCUAAACAGACGCUCACAGCAAGACACACACAGACAGACAUGAUGGAUGUGAAGCUCCUGUGGCUCAUUGUUGUUCUUCUUUCUUCACCCCUGCUGACACUGUGUGACCCACUGUAUGUUCUGUCGGCCCCACAUUUGCUGAGGGUGGGUUCCAAUGAGAACGUGUUUGUGGAGGCUCGGGACUACAAAGGAGGAGACCUGAACGUGAGGAUCUCAGUAAAGGAUUACCCACGCAAACACUCAGAGAUACUGUCCAAAUCAGUGACCCUGAAUGCCGCCAACAAUUACCAGAUCCUUACAGACAUAAAGAUCACUGUUGAUAACUUCAGAGAUCCUCCUGUGGAGAAGCAUUAUGUGUAUCUACAAGCUCACUUCCCAUCCAAUAUUCUGGAGAAAGUGGUUAAAGUCUCAUUCCAUUCUGGAUAUAUGUUCAUACAAACAGACAAACCCAUCUACACACCUGAAAGCACAGUUCUUUACCGGAUUUUCUCUCUGACUCCAAACCAGCAACCACACAGUCUGCCUUAUAUCUUAGUGGAAAUCACGGAUCCAGAAGGCAACAUAGUUGAGAUGAAGAAGAUACAUCCAGCACAAGGGAUGAUAUCCCUAAAAUACCCCAUACCUGAAAUUGCAAGCCCUGGGAUCUGGAAGGUGGUCACACGAUACAUAAAUACUCCACAGAGGAUAUUUACUGCAGACUUUGAGGUCAAAGAAUACGUGCUUCCAACGUUUGAAGUCACAUUAAUGCUAAGUAAGACAUAUUUCCAUGUGCAUGAUGACGUUCUGGAAGUUGACAUAAGCGCAGAAUACCUGUCUGGAACGAAGGUUUCUGGACAUGCAAUAGUUGUGUUUGGCGUGAAGAAAGAAACUAUUAUGACCAGUAUUAAUUCCUCUCUGCAAAGGGUUGAGAUAAAAAAAGGAAAAGGCAAUGCAGAGCUGACCAGCGAUAUGAUACUUCAGACCUUUCCAAACAUUGAACAGCUGGUUGGACACUCAAUCUAUGUUUCAGUCAGUGUUUUAACAGAAAGUGGCAGUGAAAUUGUAAAAGCACUCAGGCAAAGCAUUCCGAUUGUGACAUCACCAUAUACAAUUGACUUCAAAAGAAUGGCACAAUUCUUCAAACCUGGACUGCCCUUAGACGUCUCGGUUUAUUUGACAAAUCCCGACCAGACACCUGCUGAAAAUGUGGAAGUGGAGGUCAACCCUGGAGGGGUCAACGGUCGGACCAAAGCCAAUGGCAUUGUGAAGGUUACCAUCAAUUCUCAGGAAGGAUCUUCUACACUGGAGAUCACUGUAAAGACCAAUGAUCCACAAUUAAGCUCUGAACAGCAGUCAGUGAAGAGGAUGACCGCUCAAGCCUACAAGCCCAAAGACGGCUCCAACAACUACCUUCACAUUCACAUUGAUGCUGCAGAGCCUAAGAUUGGUGAUAUAAUUAAUGUCAUUUUGUAUACUUCAAAAAAUCAAGGAGCUCAAGAUUUCACUUACUUGAUCUUAAGUAAAGGGCAAAUUGUGCAAGUAAACAGGUCAAACACAGGACAAUCUCCAGCAGAACUGUCUCUCACUGUGACCAAAGACAUGGUGCCCUCCUUCCGCUUUGUGGCUUAUUAUCAUGUGGGCUCGUCUGAGGUGGUGUCUGACUCAGUCUGGGUUGAUGUGAAAGACACGUGCAUGGGAACGCUUAAAGUUGAAGUGAAGGACAAGGCAAAAUACUAUCACCCAGGAGAUGAGUUCAGCUUGCAAAUAACUGGAGACCCUGGAGCUAAAGUUGGACUGGUGGUGGUUGACAAGGCUGUGCAGGUCCUUAACAAGAACAGACUCACUCAGACUAAGAUCUGGGACAUCAUAGAGAAACGUGACAUUGGCUGUACAGCAGGUAGUGGAAAGGACAGUAUGGGGGUUUUCUAUGAUGCAGGUCUGAUGUUUGAGUCCAACAGUGCAGGAGGCACCAACAUCAGAACAGUGGAUGAGUGCCGCACCCUUUCAAAGAAUAGACGGCGGUCAGUUGAUGAGAUCGAUUCAAGGAAACAGUUUCCAGAGCAUUGGUUUCGGGACCAUGUACAUCUACCCACUUGCAAAGAUAACAACUGUGCAACAACAUCAUUCAUAAGAAACAAAAUCUUCCUGAAAGAAUCGAUCACUACCUGGCAAAUCUUAGCCAUCAGCUUGUCACAAAUAAAUGGUAUCUGUGUGGCAGAAAUUGAGGAGAUGAUCACCCAUAAGAACUUUUUCAUUGAUCUGAAGAUGCCUUAUUCAGCUGUGCACAAAGAACAAGUGGAAAUCAGGGCCAUUCUGCACAAUAAAUCCUCAAAGCGAUUGAAGGUGUUUGUGGAGUUUAUAGAGGCCGAACAUGUAUCUAGCAAAAACAGAACAGAGGUAGAAGUCAGGGCCUACUCCACUGGAUCUGUUAAAUAUGUAAUUACUCCCAUGACGGUGGGCAAACAUGUGAUUGAGGUGAAAGCUGCAACAUAUGACUUUGUCUAUACUGACGGAGUGAAGAAGACUCUGAAUGUGGUGAUGGGGGGUGUGUUAGGUCCAUUAAAGAAGAUAAAUCUCAAUCCUGCCAAGAAAGGUGGAGAACAACUUGAAGUUAUUAGAGCUGACAUACCAGCUGAUCACAUUCCAGACACACCUGCAUUCACGCACAUCACAGUAACUGGUGACGGGAUCACUCAGAUACUUCAACAGGUCAUCACAGACAUCAAACAAUCCAAGGAUCGGUUUGUUCUGCUGGGUCAUGGUAUUGGAGAGAAUAAUGUGAUCUCUAUGUCACUAUAUAUCAUUUAUGCCCAUUACUUGUACAGCACCAAUCAGUGGGACAGUUUUGGCAUGCACCACCGUGAUCAAAUCAUUAAAAAAAUCAGCACAGAUUAUCAGAGGGAGCUGAAAAUCCGUAAAGCAGACGGGUCGUACGCUGCCCCUUCAGGCGGAUCUGACACCAUAUGGCUAACAGCGUAUGUGGCGAAAGUGUUUGCAAUGGCCAGAAACCUCAUUCAUAUAGAGGAGAAUGUGAUCUGCAGCGCUCUCAAGUGGCUGGUUCCCAAACAACAGCCAGGUGGCGCCUUUAAAGUGGACAGGGAUGGUGAUGUACGGGGUAAUGAUGCUGAUGCCUCUCUCACUGCAUUUGUCCUGAUUGCCAUGCAAGAGGGCGUCGAGAUUUGUGCCCAAUCAGUUGGUAGUCUUCAUGACAGUAUGAGGAAGGCAGUCGACUAUUUGGAAUCCAGACUUCCAGAAAUGACCAAUCCUAAUGCUGUUGCGAUGACGUCCUACGCCAUGGCCAAUGCGGACAAACUCAAUAAAGACCUGCUGAUGAAGCAUUCCAACAAACAGAAAGAAGGAACUGCUUGGAUUGUCAAUGGAGAAGAGUAUCAAUCUCUAGCGGCUACAGCCUAUGCAGUGCUCGCGCUCGUGAAGGCAAAAGAGUACGACAGAGCAAGAGAGGCCGUGCACUGGCUGGACAGUAAACUGACUUACUAUGGCAGUUCUGAAAUCCCAAAAGUGGCAACCACCAUUGCAUUUCAGGCAGAGACAGAAUACAAAACACAGAUCAAGGACCCACAAAACUACCGCCUGGAAGUGGAAAUGUCUGUGGAAGGAAGACCCAAAAAACUCUGGAUUUUAACGGCCUAUAAUGCACAUGUCACAUGGUCCGAUUUAGUCCAAAAACCACAAUGUUUCUCUUCAUGUGUGGCGUCUUAAUAUUUAUUUAUUUAUUUUUGAAUGCAGCAAGUGUCCCAGAAGCCAUUGAAAAUUACAGACUCACUUUGGAAAUCUUAUACAAAAACCAAACAAGAGAUGCCACCAUGACUAUUCUAGAUAUAGGCUUACUGACGGGAUUUGAAGUGGACAAAGAAGAUCUAAUGAAGUUAGCCCCAAGGAAUACAUUAAAGAUGACCAAAGACCACUCGCAGCGAGGAUCCCUUAUCAUCUUAUUAGAUAAGGUUUCUCAUACAAAGAAAGAAAUAAUUUCCUUCAAAAUUCACAAGACUAGUAAUGUGGGUUCCCUCCAACCGGCUGCAGUCACUGCAUAUGAAUAUCACUCUCCAGAUAAACGCUGUACAAAGUUCUAUCACCUUGAAAAGUAGGAAGGCAUGGCAAACAGACUGUGUACACCAGAAAAAGGCUGGCCAAAGAUGUCCAAGAACUCUACGAGAACCAAGUCAUAAAAACUCUCACACAGAAGAACUUCUCCACAUGAAAAAACACACCCUACUGAGCAAGGACCAUAAAACGCAAAUCCCAUCCACAUUCCAGCUGUUCUCUCCCCCACAAGGCACAAACACAGACACACAAGAUGUAUGAGUGAAAAUGUAACAAAGAAAACCAUGAAAACAAAUAAUGUAACUAGCCAUGUUGAAUCGGGAAUCUGCAUUCAGAUCUCCCGCACAAAUUGCUGUGUGUAAUGACAAAGAAAUCAGGGUAUUUCUGCAGCCAAAUUGACCCACACAGAAAACUAUGUGUAUAGUCUACCAGGUAAUUUCAAUUUCUCAUGUUUGAAUAAAAUGCAACUUUAAUUAUAUUAUUAUGCUUGGUUUAUUGAUAGUAUUGAGUGUGAUUUAUUAUUUUACUUGGAUUGUUUGAAUGUGUUACCAUUACCUGGUAAAAUAAA